CACACCAUACAGAGCUCACACUAUAAAUCAAGUUCUGAGUGAGACAGUGAGAGCAAAGGAGGAGGAGAGAAAAGGAUGCUCAUAGCAGGUGCCAAAUAUUGAGGGAGACGAGAGCAAGCGAAUCAGACGGAGAGUGAGGAUGGAGCAGAGCUCUCACUGAACAUUUAGCCACAGGUUUUUAUACUGUCAGUCUCUGGUUUGUACUAGAUCGUGUGUUUGGACUUGUGCGUCUCUGCUUCAUGAUGCUGUGCUCAGCUGUUCUCACAGUGCUGCUCCUGCUCGCACCUCUGACACCCAGCCACAGCCGAAGCCUGCACUCCCCAGAGCGGGCCAUGCAGGUCAUCGAGCAGUUCCUUGAGCGUUACAAUGACCUUUUAACCUUAGAUGACCUGGAUAAUCUCACCAGUGACCAAACAGAAGAGCCGGUACAGGUCUUUAAUUCUGGCAUAAAAGUCGCCGAAAAUCCGAAAUGGAUUGACAUCCCUGUGCAGAAUGAAAACUCCUGGGUCCGUCUUCUCAAGGGAGCUCUGGCGAACCAAAAGCGAGCAUUGUCAGACCGGUCUCGGAGGGGUUGGAACCGAGGCUGCUUUGGCCUGAAGCUAGACCGAAUCGGAUCUAUGAGUGGCCUCGGCUGCUAAUGACAGACAGAGGGACAGAGCGAUCUGAAAUGGCUUCUAAGUGUCGAGUAGAUGUUCCUCAUAGUGUCAGUUUAUCUCAUUUAUAUGGUGAUGUUCUUGUACAGUGUAUUUCACUUCACAUUUCCACAGUCUUUAAGGUCAUGUUUUCAUGCUGUAUUGUAAACUGUUUGUUAUAAAGUGAUGUAACAUUUUAGUGAUUCUAGUUCUGUCUAUACUGUGAUGGUAAAGGAGUGCUGUUAGAUAAUACACAGAUUAUGUUAGAUCAUAGUGAAUCAUAGGACUAUACUUUAUGCUAAUAUAUUAUAUAUUGGACUACCUAUAAACUAUAUUUUAGACUGCUUGGAAGGAUAUGCAUGAGAAAACAAAACUAACAUAGAUCAUCUUCAUAAAUGUGUAUAUUUGGCAUGAAUAAAAUGUUUAAAAUAUA